AUGAACAAUUCAACUUCGUUGAAUAUUAUGAAUCCUUAUAAAGAAGUUUUUUAUAAUGACUCUGACAAAGAUUUUAAAAUUCUUGAUAAUGGAGAUAACUCCGGAGGUCUUGAUGAAACUAUAUCCACUUUGUUGUCAACAUUUAGUACAAAUACUACAGACAUUGAUGCAAAUAUAUGUAAUCUUUAUCUUGAUGAAACAGCAAUAGAAGUUGCCAGAGUUUAUGCUAAUUCAGUAUUACAAGAACAAGUUGAUGAAAGUAGUAUAGAUUGGUUAGAAUCUGAUCUUGAUAUGGAAUCAAAUAAAGAAUCUUUAUGUGAAGUAGAUUGUUAUCAAGAUGACUUGAAAAUAAAAAUCUGUUCAGAAAAUACCAAAUAA